AUUUUUCUUUCUCGAACUUUUGGUGACUUGCUGAAACAGAGUAUUCUUCAUUCUCCGGAGAAUCCAGUUGUCGAUUUAUUCUUCAGUUUUCUCCAAAAUAAAUCUUAAUUUAAUAUUAUAAAUAAGUGUUAAAUAAAAAUAGUACUCAUGGCAGCAACAACACUUGAAGACAAGUCUAUAUGGGCUGGUGAAGAGGAAACUCUUGGGGAAGAUGUCAAACGUAUGACCACAGAGGAAUUAACAUCACGAAUUCGUUUACUGGACAAUGAAAUAAAAAUAAUGAAGAGCGACGUAAUGCGUAUCUCCCAUGAACUCCAGGCUCAAAAUGAUAAGAUAAAGGAAAACACUGAGAAAAUAAAAGUAAACAAAACAUUGCCAUACUUGGUAUCAAACGUGAUCGAACUACUGGACGUGGAUCCUCAAGACAUGGGCGAAGAGGAUGGAGCAGUAGUUGACUUGGAUUCCCAACGCAAGGGAAAGUGCGCUGUCAUCAAGACAUCAACGCGCCAGACAUAUUUUUUGCCGGCAAUUGGGCUCGUAGAUGCUGACUCAUUGAAGCCUGGUGACUUAGUUGGUGUCAACAAGGACAGCUACUUGGUACUGGAGACUCUUCCAGCAGAGUAUGAUGCCCGGGUAAAAGCAAUGGAAGUCGACGAACGUCCGACUGAACAGUACUCAGAUAUUGGAGGGUUGGAUAAGCAGAUCCAGGAAUUGAUAGAAGCAGUUGUCUUACCAAUGACUCACAAGGAAAAGUUCCAAAACUUGGGAAUCCAACCGCCAAAAGGUGUCUUGCUCUACGGUCCACCUGGAACCGGUAAAACUCUGCUGGCUCGUGCUUGCGCUGCGCAAACAAAGUCAACUUUCUUAAAAUUAGCCGGUCCUCAGCUGGUUCAGAUGUUCAUUGGAGACGGUGCUAAGUUAGUAAGAGAUGCGUUUUCUCUCGCGAAAGAAAAGGCGCCCGCUAUAAUAUUUAUCGAUGAGUUAGACGCUAUCGGUACCAAACGUUUCGAUUCUGAGAAAGCUGGAGAUCGUGAAGUACAACGUACUAUGUUAGAAUUAUUAAAUCAAUUGGACGGUUUCAGUUCUACAGCUGACAUUAAAGUCAUCGCUGCGACAAACCGUGUUGAUAUUCUGGACCCUGCUUUGUUGAGAUCCGGUCGAUUAGACAGAAAAAUUGAGUUCCCUCAUCCCAAUGAAGAAGCACGUGCUCGUAUCAUGCAAAUUCACUCCCGUAAAAUGAACAUGUCUCCAGAUGUUAACUUUGAAGAAUUAUCACGAUCAACUGAUGAUUUCAACGGUGCUCAGUGCAAAGCCGUCUGCGUUGAAGCUGGUAUGAUUGCACUAAGACGUAACGCGACAGCAGUAACACAUGAAGAUUUAAUGGAAGCAAUCAAUGAAGUACAGGCUAAAAAGAAAGCUAAUCUUAAUUACUACGCUUAAAGACUUCCUUUUAUUAUUAAUAACUAUAAAUUUUUCUAUUUCAUAUACCCAUAAUAAAUAAAAUUAAUAAUAAUAAUAAUUUAGAUAAAUAUUCA